CGUAGACCUGCCACAUAUUCUCUAAGCAUUAGCCAGCGGUUAGCAUCUGGCUGCCCAGAAAUGUCAUUAUUUACAGAAAAGGAUGGACUUUCACUUUUUUAUUAGUCACGAUGACAAGUGAGGGAAACGGGAUGGAGCCGCGGAGCAUUAAGCCGAAGCUCCCGUCCACCGCGGACUGAUUCCUCAUUUACAUCUCAACAACAACAACAACAACAACAACAACAACAAGUAGAAGACUAUCUGCAUCAUGGGAAGGAUCAGCUUUUCGUGCCUUUUCCCGGCCCCGUGGCAUUUCAGCGUGUCGUCCCAGGUCCUUCCCCGGCUCCUCACACCUUCCCUCCGACAGCUGCUCUUCCUCGUCCUGCUGCUCGGCCUCAUCGGGCUGCUCUACCUGCUGCUCGUCUCUGGGAAGGGACACGGCGGCUGGAUCAGGGAGGAAAACCACUUCCACAGGCACUUGGCCCGCGUGACCGAUGUGGAUGCAACAGAUACUAGCAACCCCAACCUGAACUACGGCCUGGUGGUGGACUGUGGCAGCAGCGGCUCCAGGGUGUUUGUGUACUGUUGGCCCCGGCAUAACGGCAAUCCACAUGAACUGCUGGACAUCCGGCAAAUGAGAGAUCAACACCGCAAGCCAGUGGUCAUGAAGAUCAAACCCGGUAUCUCUGAAUUGGCUAAAACACCUGAGAAAGCCAGCGAUUACAUCUAUCCACUGCUGAGCUUUGCAGCCCAACACAUUCCCAAAAAUAAACACCAAGAAACUCCCUUGUACAUCCUGUGCACCGCGGGAAUGAGAAUCCUCCCUGAAAGUCAACAAGAAGCUCUUCUUGAGGAUCUGCGAACAGACAUCCCAGUCAACUUCAACUUCCUCUUCUCUGACUCGCACGUGGAAGUGAUUUCUGGGAAACAGGAAGGUGUCUAUGCAUGGAUUGGAAUAAACUUUGUCCUCGGGAGGUUUAACCACGUGCACAAUGAUGGGGAAGCUGUGGUGGAGGUGAAUGUCCCCGGCAGUGAUCAGCAGGAGGCGCAGGUGAGGAAAAGGACUGCCGGUGUCCUGGACAUGGGCGGGGUCUCCACACAGAUCGCAUACGAAGUGCCCAAAACUGUAAGCUUUGCUUCUCCACAACAGGAGGAAGUUGCCAAGAACUUACUGGCUGAGUUCAACUUGGGCUGUGACGCACAUCGCACCGAGCAUGUGUAUCGUGUUUACGUGUCCACCUUCCUCGGGUUCGGAGGAAAUGCAGCCCGCCAAAGAUACGAGGAGAGUGUCAUCAAAAACACCGCCACUCGAAACAAACUCUUAGGGCAGCGUAACGGUGAGACGGCAGACUCUCCGCUCCUGGACCCUUGUCUGCCCGCAGACCUGCAGGAUGAAAUCGGUCCGUCUACUCAGAAGCUCUAUCUGCGAGGCACAGGAGACUUUGACCAGUGUAGACAGAUUCUCCAGCCGUUCCUCAACCGCACCAACGAGACCCUGACCUCGCUCAGCGGCGUCUACCAGCCGGCCAUCGAGUACGGCAACAGUCAGUUCUACGGCUUCUCUGAGUUCUACUACUGCACGGAGGAUGUGCUGCGCAUGGGCGGCGAUUAUAACGCUUCCAAAUAUGCCCAAGCUGCCAAGAGUUACUGUUCGACCCAGUGGCAGACUCUGAGGGAGCGCUUCGACUCCGGCCUGUACGCCUCACACGCUGACCUUCACAGACUGAAGUACCAGUGUUUUAAAUCAGCAUGGAUGUAUGAAGUGCUGCACUCAGGCUUCUCGUUCCCAGCCAAUUACAAAAACCUGAAGACCGCCCUGUUGGUCUAUGAUAAGGAGGUCCAGUGGACGCUCGGAGCGAUUCUCUACAGAACACGGUUUCUGCCUCUGAGGGACAUCCAGCAGGAAAGUCUGAAAGCGGUGCACUCUCACUGGCGACACAGCUUCUCCUUUGUCAACAACCACUACUUAUUCCUGGCUUGUUUCUUCAUCGUCUUGUUGUCCAUCAUGCUGUACUUACUGCGCCUCCGCCGCAUCCAUCGGCGCACGGCGCAGUCCUGCACGCCUUCCUCCGUGCCGUGGUUGGAGGAGGGCCUCGGCUCACCCACAAUCCCUAUCAACCUCUAAACUUCUAAAGUCCGACUCUCCAAAGCCGAUCUCAUUUUUCUCUCCGAGAGGAUCUGCUUGUCCAGUGAGCGUUUUCAAAAGUCUGCGAAACCCUUCAGAGAUGCUGGUGAGAAUCGAUCAUCGUGUGUGAGUCUUCAGACUUACCGGAGCCAUGAAAAUCUUCUGUGUUUUGAAGUUAUUUUGUUUAAUAAUGCAACAGAUUCUCACUCCCAUCGCGUAAAACACAGACGCUUGGUCAGGUGCCUUUGGCGUUGCUAUUGACGCUAAAAGUCUCCUUUAGCAUCAUAUCUAAAC